UGAUAACUUCUAUCUACUCGAUUCUCUCUCUUAUUUACAACACAUUCACUUCUCUGUCUAACUUUGGCAUCGGAGGAGGUCUCAGGAUUCCCCUGAGGACCUUUCUUGCAGGAUUUCGGAGAUCGCUCCUCGUAUAUCGAAAGCCAUACAAGGUUGGUGAAGUCUCACAAAACCACCUGGUACGAUCCAGGCACAAACAUAUUGGCGCCCACCGUGAGGCCUCGCGACUUCUUUGCGGAGAAGAUGGGAGACGAUUUCGAUUCAAAGGGAUGACCGAGAACAACACCCUCUGAGGUCUGUCGCCAAGAUUCGAAGACGAGACCGAACUCGAGGAGGUAGUCAAGAGCCAAGGUAUGCAAAUUGCGAGCAUGCAGGACAACCUCUCCCAAAUCCUACAACUCUUGAAGACAAGAGAAGAACCCGUUGAGGGUUCGAGGGGAAAGACGCGUGAAGAAAAGCAGAAGACCGCCCACGUCCUCGACAACCUUGCUCGGACAAAAGGCGGAGGACUAGAGGCGGAAGACGUAGACCUCAGGUUUCUUGAGGAGCACCUACGAUCGACCUACAGGAAACACAAGAGCUCGAACGUUCUUCAAAACCCCCUAUCGAGGGAGUUAUUCAAGACCAUGGUCCCGCCUAACUUCUCCUCUCUCGGGUUGCCCACGUACAGCGGGACUUCGGAUCCUGCGGACCAUCUUUGCGCCUUCAUGCUAAAGAUGUAGCUCAUUGACGCGCCAGACUCAGACUUGUGUCGGGCAUUCCCUGUCACCUUCAGCGGUCAGUGCCAGGCGUGGUACACCUCACUCUCGGAGAGGAUAAUUGGAAACUUUGAACAAUUUGCGAAGCUCUUCUCCACAAAGUUCGCAUCCCAAAGGCUUCGUAGGCUCACAGUCUCAGCUCUCAUAAAUUGUAGACAAAGGAAGGAAGAAUCGCUCGGGAGUUCUACGACCGAUGGAACGCGAUCGCAUGCGAAAUACAAGACAUCUCCUUGGUCGUAGCCGCCGACAACCUCAGAAUAUCCACAACCAGCAUCGUGCUCAAAAGGAUCUUGAUAAAAAAGGAAGUCACCCUAACGUCAUGGUCUGAUCUAGAUCAGUUGGUGCGGCGAGCAAUCUUGCUCUACGAAGCAUUGGCCACCAACGACCGGACGCAGCAAGGUCGCCCCCGAGCUUACCCUCAAGAGCGAGGAGACGCUCGACGUGGGAGGAGCUCCUCAGAGCGAAGGUCGUAUCGUAAAAGAUACACAAAGCGCGAUGGCAAAAGGGAAGUAUUUUCUACUGAUCGAGAAAGAGGAAGAGAAAGACGAAAAGGAGGAAAGAAACAUGAGACAUCCUCUGGACAAGAACCGCAAGACGGAAAGAAGCGGUGUGACUGGUACCAAAUCACCACUCAUGACACCAUAGAGUGUCGGGAGUUCAAAGCCAGCCUAAGAUAUUUGGCGCCAGGAGACCUACGAAGCUGCCUCGAGACAAGGCGUCUUUAUCGAGACCAUUCUCAAGAAACGCGAGAUGGCUCCCGUAGCCCCGACAUAUAUAAAGCAAAAAGGUCGAGAAAGGAAAUAUCAAGAUUCCCAUCAAGAAACAAGGUCAUCUCUCCACAAAGGCAGUCUCCCGCCUACAGACCUCCGCGCAAUGAUGACAACGGAAUGGAGAUCAUAACCAUUGCGAGGGCAGAAAGCGUCCUAGAUCCGAGGGAGACUGCAUAGCUCACUGCCUCAGCGUCCAACGAAGAGUGACAACCGAUGUCACCUUCUUGCCGUCCGAAUUGGUCAAGGAGGAAAAUACAGAAGACCCUUUGGUCAUCUCGUUCAGAACCGCCAAGUUCAAGGUCACUCGAGCCCUCGUAGAUAAAGGGAGCUCCACAUACAUCCUCUUCUACUUAACACUCAAAGGAAUGAAGAAGAGCGUUCAAGACCUCAACCCAUCCAACACUAGUUUGGUAGGGUUUUCAGGAACUAAUAUUCGCGUCCUCGGGUCAAUCACACUCAAGGUCACCAUAGGCGAGGGCGGGAUCACCAAGACUAGGCCAGUGUAAUUCCACGUAGCGGAUUGUCCUUUGACGUACAAUGCCAUCCUAGGACGUGGUUUCCUUGCUUCAUUCGAGGCAAUCGCGUCCACGUGCCACCAGAUGCUGAAGUUCCCUAGUGGAGGAAAGACGGGGCACGUCCGAGUCAACCCAAAAGAAGCCAAGGAGUGCUACCAGGCAACCGUUGAACAUCUCAAAGUCGACCUCAUCGAUGCAAUGCAAGAGAGGAUGUCCCACGCCCCAAAGCUGUCGAGGGAGACAUAGUGGUGACUUUAAACGAAGAACGACCAGACAAGACGGUCCAUAUUCCGGCUCACUUGGUCGCGGAAGAAGCCCAAAAGCUGCUCACGCUCCUCAGAGAGUUCCAAGACCUCUUUGCGUGGGGACCAGAAUACAUGUCCGGCGUCCCCCACAGGGUCUCCGAACACCACCUCUCAGUCAAGCACAAAGCGCGACCAAUAUACAACAUUGAAGAAGCCACUUGUCAGUAGAGAAAUAAAUGGCUCUGGAAGAA